AUGUUGAUUUUUGUCAUGAUAGUGAGUGCCUUGUCUGCGUCUCCCGCGCAGAUCUACGACAUUAAAACGCUUGACGAAAAAGAUGAUAAGAUGUCAGAGAUGUAUUAUUAUGAUCGUCAAGUGCAAUUGAUGCAGAUUCGUACGAAGGAUUUAGAGCUUGAAGUGGCUCAAUUACAAGACGAGAAGACAGCGCAAGUGAAUAAAGCGCAGUUAGGGAUUAUUGAUUAUAAAUUGAAGUAUUUAGCAGAAGCUUUGAAAAAAUAUAAAAAGACGUUACAUGAAAUGGCUCAGGAAGCCGUCCAGUUCUACGAUAAACUCGGAACAACUCAAAAGGAGUUCAUGGAGGUGUAUAACUAUAAAACUCGACUCCCCGAACUUAAAGCUCUCUAA